CAGGACUAUAAAUCCAGCGUGGACGCAGCGAGGAGCAGCAGGAAUGAAAAACAAUAGAAACCCACACAGGGAACACACAUCCACAGCUUCUGCAGAUCCUUUGAUAUUUUCCUACACUUAACAUUAAGUUUCAGGGUCAGGAAAAUGGCCACCUCAGCGAGUUCAAAACUGAACAAAGCUGUUAAACAGCAGUACAUGAGCCUCCCUCAGGGGGGGAAGGUGCAAGCCAUGUACAUUUGGAUAGAUGGGUCUGGAGAGGGACUGAGAUGUAAGACCAGAACUCUGGAUUCAGAACCAAAGACGAUAGAAGAGCUCCCUGAGUGGAACUUUGACGGCUCCAGCACCUACCAGUCAGAGGGGUCCAACAGCGACAUGUACCUAAUUCCUGCUGCCAUGUUCAGGGACCCGUUCAGAAAAGACCCCAAUAAGCUGGUGCUCUGCGAAGUGCUCAAGUACAACCGCAAACCGGCAGAGACCAACCUCCGGCUCACCUGUGAGAAGAUUAUGAGCAUGGUGGAAAACAACCACCCGUGGUUCGGGAUGGAGCAGGAGUACACCCUCCUGGGCACAGACGGGCAUCCCUUUGGUUGGCCUUCCAACGGCUUCCCCGGUCCACAAGGGCCUUAUUACUGUGGAGUCGGGGCAGAUAAGGCGUACGGGCGAGACAUAGUGGAGGCGCACUACAGAGCUUGUCUGUAUGCUGGGGUUCAGAUCUGUGGAACUAAUGCUGAAGUCAUGCCAGCACAGUGGGAGUUCCAGGUCGGGCCUUGCGAAGGUAUCAACAUGGGGGACCACCUGUGGGUUGCUCGCUUCAUCCUUCACAGAGUCUGUGAGGAUUUUGGCGUCGUGGUGUCCUUUGACCCCAAACCUAUCCCAGGGAACUGGAACGGCGCUGGCUGCCACACCAACUUCAGCACUAAGGAGAUGAGAGAGGAUGGAGGCCUUAAAGUCAUCGAGGAAGCCAUCGAAAGGCUGUCAAAGAGACACAGGUAUCACAUCCGGGCCUACGAUCCCAAAGGCGGGCUCGACAACGCCAGACGUCUCACCGGUCGUCACGAAACCUCAAGCAUCGACGAGUUCUCGGCCGGCGUGGCCAACCGCGGGGCCAGCAUCCGCAUCCCGCGCUCAGUGGGGCAGGACAAGAAGGGCUACUUCGAGGACCGCCGCCCGUCCGCUAACUGCGAUCCUUACGCUGUCACAGAGGCGCUGGUGCGCACGUGUUUGCUCAAAGAAGAGGGCGCAGAGCCCACAGAUUACAGCAAGUGA